AUGCCAUCGCCAAGCGGCAGCGCCUCGGCGCGCUCGCUGACGAGCUCGGUGAGAAGCCAAACCGAGGAUGAACCUUUGGUGCGGCCAUCGACGACUCAAGGUCUCCAUGAUGCGCCACACCAUGUGCGAAUACCAUUCUCUGUGAAGCUUGUAGCGGUCUUCGCGACAUUUCUGGGUGUCGGCUUUGUUUUUGGAGGACGGCUGGGCUGGCUGAGGGAUCGUUCCAUCGCCCCAGCGGAGCGUGUGGCUCCGAAGGAAGUGGUAUCCGAGGCUGAAGUUGAUAGCGCGCACAUUGUCCCAGGGUACACGGAGUUCGCGCACGUGAACU